AUGCCUUCAUACGUGACAACUGAGACCCUUAUUGAUGUUAAGGGGGACGUGGAGCAAAUCGCGGCCAAGGCCGACAUUUGGAUGGGCUCCCCCUCGGAGGCAUGCAACAAACAGAGUACUACAACACCCCCUCUUUCACCGCAAGAGACGGAUGAUGCACGUCAAGAGGAGGAAGAGGCUGUGAAGGCCAGUAAGCAAGCUGAACAACCGCUACAAGAGCCGAGGAAGAAUGGUGAGGAAAUGGAGUCCUGUUCUUUACUGUUCAAAAUUGGGGUGUACAUGUCGUUUGGCAUGUUGACCUUAUUUUCUUUAUUUUAUGAAUUCUAUUACAGGCUUUUUCAGAAGGAAAAGGAGCGGGAUGGAUAUGCGCCAUUGUUGAAGGGCUUUGACCGAUAUUGGCAGAAAUAUUUUUAUCAACGUAUCCGUGACUGCUUUAAUUAUCCGAUUGAUUCCCGCCCAUCACGUGUCAUUGGCGUCAUGGAGCGUGUUUCUUACGAUUACAAUGAAAAUUUCUCCCUAACUGGAAAUAUUUUACCUUGUGUAAAUUUUUCUUCUUACAACUAUCUUGGCUUUGCGUCUGAUAUUCCGAGUAUUACGCGUCAAGUGCUUGACAGUAUUGACCGGUAUGGAAUUGCAUCAUGCAGUCCCCCGCAGCUGGCAGGGCAACACCAACCCGUUGCGCAGCUUGAACGCGCUAUUGCGGAUUUUUUGAGCAAGGAUGAUGCUAUUGUCUGUGGCAUGGGGUUCGGUACAAAUUUUCGUGGGCUUCCCGCCCUCUUUGGGAAGGAAUCGUUGGUCAUCUCAGACAGCCUCAACCACUCAUCGCUGGUGAACGGCAUACGCAUGUCCGGCGCACGCACAAAGGUAUUUAAGCAUGACGACUUCCAGCAAUUGGAAACAAUUCUGCGAGAGGCGGUGGUUCUUGGGCAAAACCCCCGCGGGGAAUAUUUGCCGUGGACUCGGAUCAUUAUCAUCAUUGAGGGUAUUUACAGUAUGGAGGGCGAAAUUGCCAAUUUGCCGCGGGUUGUGGCACUCAAGAAGAAGUACGGAGCCCUUCUGUUUGUAGAUGAGGCCCACUCCAUUGGUGCGAUUGGGCGUACGGGUCGUGGCGUAACGGAACACUGCGGCGUUGAUCCGAAGGAUGUGGAUAUUCUCAUGGGUACCUUCACAAAGAGCUUUGGUGCCAUUGGUGGUUAUAUAGCAGGGGAACAGAGGGUAAUUGAUUACCUGCGUAUACACAGCUCCAUCUCUCUUCACUGCGACACGAUUGCCCCUCCUUGUGCACAGCAGGUCUUGGCUGCCCUGGAAGUGAUUUCUGGUCGUGACGGGACGGAUAUCGGUCGAAAACGCAUUCAUCAACUCAAAGAGAAUUCUCAAUUUUUAAGACGGGGUCUCAUCGCCCAAGGCCUCAUUGUGCUUGGGGACGACUCCUCACCGGUGAUUCCAGUUAUGUUGUACCGCACGGGUGCGAUGCCAGUGAUGGCGAGGGAAUGCAUGCGACGAGGCCUUGCAAUUGUCAUUGUUGGGUAUCCGGCUACACCACUUCUGGGUGGACGCAUACGUUUCUGCGUUUCCGCGGCACACACCCGUGAUGAUCUCCAAUUAGUGCUGGAUGUCAUUAAGGACAUGUCUAAGCACGUGCAGCUUCAGCUUCGCCCGAUUCCAAAGUCCUUGCAAGAGUAG